AUCAAGGAAACCAAUUUCAGGCAAGUAUUUUUUUCAUUCAUACUCUGGUCUGUGUUCUGCUGUAUAAUGUCUGAGCAUGUUCACUAUUCAGUGCCAGAAGAAGCAGAGAAGGACUUCUUUGUGGGGAAUCUUGCUAAAGAUUUGGGGCUGGAGGUUAGAGAUUUGACAAAACGCAAGCUUGGGAUCUCUUCUGGAAAGCAGUACUUUGCUCUGAAUGAACAAAAUGGGAACCUUUAUGUGAAGAACAGGAUAGAUCGAGAAGAGAUUUGUGGAAAAUCAUCCACCUGUGUUUUAAAAUUAGAAAUUGUGGCACAUAAUCCACUUAAUAUUUUCCACAUAAAUAUUUUUAUCCAGGAUGUGAAUGAUAAUGCCCCACAUUUCCGGAAAGAAAAUAUUGACCUUAAAGUGAGUGAGUCUAAUCUUCCUGGUGCUCGAUUUACUUUUGGAAUUGCUGAAGAUGAGGACAUUGGCAUAAACUCACUCCAAGAUUAUAAUUUGAGCUCCACUGCAUAUUUCCAACUAGAUGUUCAAGAGACCAAAGAUGGUGGCAAGUAUGCAGAAUUAAUAUUACAGAAACAACUUGACAGGGAAAAAGAACACACCCAUUACAUGAUCCUUACAGCUAUGGAUGGAGGAGUACCUAGAAAAACUGGGACUCUCAACAUAAGAGUUAAUGUAACUGAUACUAAUGAUAAUACACCAGUUUUUUCCCAGGCAACGUAUAAAGUAAGCCUAAAAGAGAAUGCUCCCAUAGGGAUGUCUGUGCUUCAGGUUAAAGCCUCUGAUGACGAUGAAGGAUCAAAUGCUGAGAUCAUUUAUAUGUACAGUGACAUCCCAGAAACAGCUGAGAAUACAUUUAAACUGGAUCCUAAAGAUGGAGCAAUUACACUUUUGGAUACCAUUGAUUUUGAGAGCAGAAAAAAAUAUGUGAUGAUCAUACAAGCAAGUGAUGGAGGAGGAUUGGUAGCACAUUGCAAAGUAGAGAUUGAGGUUCUUGAUGAGAAUGACAAUGCUCCCGAUGUGAUCCUUACUUCCAUCUCCAGCCCAAUUCCUGAAGAUCUUGCACCUGGAGCUGUGAUUGCCCUCAUUAAAGUACAUGACAGGGAUUCUGGAGAAAAUGGGGAAGUCACUUGUCAUCUUCAGGAACUUGUACCUUUCCGGAUUGUCUCAUCUUCUGACAAUUACUUCAAACUCCUCACAGAUGGUCCCCUUGACAGAGAAAGGGCCCCGGAGUAUAAUAUCACGAUCACAGCCACAGACAAAGGCAUACCUCCUCUGUCCACACACAAAACCAUCUGUAUACAGAUCUCAGAUAUCAAUGAUAACCCCCCAGCCUUUGAAAAAUCUUCCUAUACUGCCAGUAUUUUAGAGAACAAUCCUUCUGGAGUUUCUGUUUUCCACAUCAAGGCCUCUGACCCAGAUCUGGACCGCAAUGCCCAAAUCACUUACUCCAUUCUCAGUAGCAAUAUUGAAGACUUGCCUAUUUCCUCCUAUAUCUCCAUUAACUCUGAGACUGGGGUUGUCUAUGCCUUGAGCUCCUUUGAUUAUGAAGAAAUCCAGGAGAUUAAAUUCCAGGUCAAGGCCCAGGAUGGAGGCUCCCCACCACUCAGUUCUAAUGUUUCAGUGACUCUUUUCAUCCUGGAUCAGAAUGACAAUGCUCCAGAAAUCCUCUACCCUUCUCCUCCCACCGAUGGCUCCACUGGGAUAGAGCUAGCUCCUCACUCCUCUGAUCCAGGAUACCUGGUCACUAAGGUGGUGGCAGUGGAUGCAGAUUCUGGCCAGAACGCCUGGCUCUCCUACCAGUUGACCAAGGCCACAGAGCCAGGGCUCUUCACUCUGGGACUCCACACUGGAGAGAUCAGGACAGCCCGCUUCCUUCUGGAGAAAGAUGCCCUCAAGCAAAGCCUGGUGGUUUUGGUGAAGGACAAUGGGCAGCCCCCUCUCUCUGCCUCUGUGACGGUCACCGUAGUAUUGGCUGAUAGCAUCCCUGACAUUCUCCCGGAUCUCACCAGCAUAUCAGGUCCUGUAGAUUCCCCUUCAGAUCUCACUUUCUACUUGGUGGUUGCAGUGGCUUUUGUCUCCUGCCUGUUCUUGAUGUUUCUCCUUGUUUUACUAGCAAUCAAGUUGCACAGAUGGAGAAAUUCUCAGGUGCUUGAGUCUAGGAGUGUUACCUUCAGUGGUGUUCCAGUUUCACAGUUUGUGGGGAUUGAUGGAGUCAGAGCAUUUCUUCAGUCUUAUUGCCAUGAAGUUUCCCUGACUUCAAACUCUAGGAAGAGCCAGGUUAAUAAUGCCGAGGUAAAUUAUUCCGGUACGUUGAGCAACCUACAGACUUGUGAUGGGAAGGAGCCUAUCCUACCUGCUGAAGAUCUAAAUUUGAUUAAUGGUGAUCUGAUUGUAGCCCAGGAAGACAUCCCCAUCAUUCGAGAAAGAUGA